UUGAGUAGGACAUUUGCCAUCAGAGCUUUGCUCCAGGAGCAAGCAUUCCAGUCUGGAUACCAUGUCUGUGCGCUUUUCUUCCGCAUCCAGAUGCCUUGGCUCUUGCGGGGCAGCCGGCUCUGUGCGGCUCUCUAGUGGGGGAGCAGGCUUUGGGGCUGGAAACACAGGCCAUCUGCCAGGCAUUGGAAGCGGCUUCUCUUGCGCCUUUGGGGGCAGCUCAUCUGCAGGUGGCUAUGGCGGGGGGUUGGGCGGGGGAAGCGCUUCCUGUGCUGCCUUCACUGGGAGUGAACAUGGCCUCCUAUCUGGCAAUGAGAAGGUGACUAUGCAGAACCUCAACGACCGCUUGGCCUCCUACCUGGAGAAUGUGCGUGCUCUGGAGGAGGCCAAUGCUGACCUGGAGCAGAAGAUCAAGGGCUGGUAUGAGAAAUUUGGGCCUGGCUCUUGCCGUGGUCUUGAUCAUGACUACAGCAGAUAUUUUCCAAUAAUUGACGACCUUAGGAACCAGAUAAUUUCUGCAACUACAAGUAAUGCCAAUGUCAUCCUGCAAAAUGAUAAUGCAAGACUAACGGCUGAUGACUUCAGACUGAAGUUUGAAAAUGAACAAGCCCUUCACCAGAGCGUUGACGCGGACGUCAGCAGUUUGCGCAGAGUCCUCGACGAGCUGACUCUGUGCAGAACCGACCUAGAGAUCCAGCUGGAAACGCUGAGCGAGGAGCUGGCUUACCUCAAAAAGAAUCACGAGGAGGAAAUGAAGGCCCUGCAGUGUGCAGCUGGCGGUAACGUGAACGUGGAGAUGAACGCGGCGCCCGGCGUGGACCUCACGCUUCUGCUGAACAACAUGCGGGCCGAGUACGAAGCGCUCGCCGAGCAGAACCGCAGGGACGCGGAGGCCUGGUUCAACGAGAAGAGCGCCUCGCUGCAGCAGCAGAUUUCUGACGAUGCUGGUGCCACCAGCUCAGCUCGGAAUGAACUUACUGAGAUGAAACGCACUCUUCAAACCCUGGAGAUUGAACUUCAGUCCCUCUUAGCAACGAAACACUCCCUGGAGUGCUCCUUGACAGAAACCGAAGGCAACUACUGUGCUCAGCUCGCCCAGAUCCAGGUUCAGAUCGGGGCCCUGGAGGAGCAGCUGCACCAGGUCAGAACCGAGACAGAGGGCCAGAAGCUGGAGUACGAGCAGCUCCUGGACAUCAAGGUCCACCUGGAAAAAGAAAUUGAGACCUACUGCCGCCUGAUAGAUGGAGAGGAUGGCUCUUGUGUCAAAUCAAAAGGCUACGGAGGACCAGGAAAUCAGAUAAAAGAUUCAUCUAAAACCACCGUGGUUAAAACAAUUGUUGAGGAAAUAGAUCCUCGUGGCAAAGUUCUUUCCUCCAGAGUUCACACAAUGGAAGAGAAAUCUACCAAGGUCAACAACAUGAAGAGUGAGCAGAGGGUGCCCUCCUGAACCCCGAAAGAAUGGCCCCUAAAUUCAAAUAUCAAAUUGAAGCUAGGUUCCUAAAUAAGGGCCUUCUUACUUUUCUGCCUUUCUUCCAGUGAAUUAAGAUGAACUAUUUUUAGAAUAGUAACAUUUCUUUGGCUCUCUCUAUGGUGGUGUUUCAAUAAAAUUUCUUCCUGUUGCAAGUCA